AUGGGAAAGAAAUCCAAAGUUGGAAAACAGCGUAAAGAUAAAUUUUAUCAUUUAGCUAAAGAAACAGGUUAUAGAUCUCGUGCUGCUUUCAAAUUACUUCAACUUAACAAGCGUUUUGAGUUUCUUCAAAAUUCUAGAGCUUUAGUUGAUUUAUGUGCUGCACCUGGAGGAUGGCUUCAAGUUGCUUCUCAAACAAUGCCUCCAUCAUCUAUUUGUAUAGGAGUUGAUUUAGAUCCUAUUAAACCAAUUAAAAAUUGUAUUACUUUUCAAGGGGAUAUUACUCAUGAAUCUACUAGACAAAGGAUUAGAAGAGAGUUAAAUACUUGGUUAGCUGAUACUGUUAUUCACGAUGGUGCUCCAAAUGUUGGUAUGAAUUGGAUUCAUGAUGCUUUUCAACAAAAUUGUUUGGUUCUUAUGGCUUUAAAAUUAGCUACACAAGUCUUAAAAAAGAAUGGUUAUUUUGUUACAAAAGUUUUUAGAUCUGCAGAUCAUCAAGCAUUGGUAGGAGUAUUUGAUAAAUUGUUUAGAGCCGUUCAUAUCUGGAAGCCAGCUGCAUCACGUUUAGAAUCUGCUGAGAUUUUUAUGGUUUGUGAAGGAUAUAAAAAGCCCAAUAAAGUUCCUCCAGAGUUAUUAGACCCUAAACAGGUCUUCAAACAGAUUGAAGAAGAUUUGACGGGUGAGGCUUUAAAAAAUCAAAUUAUCAGUAGAAAAUCAAAGAAACUUAAAGCUGUUGGAUAUGACGUAAACAAUAUUACACAAUAUAAUGAAGUCAAAUUAUCAGAUUAUUUAUCUAGUACUGAUCACAUUUUAACAAUUGCUAAAGCUUCCAAAAUUGUUAUUGAUGAGCCUCGAUGGGAAUCUGAUCCUUUAACAACAGAAACAAUUAAAGAUUUAAUAAAAGAUAUUAAAGUACUAGGACCUUCUGAAUUGAGAGUUAUUUUCAAGUGGAGAAGAAGUAUUUUGGAUAAACUUGCUAAAGAAAAAAAACAAAAUGAAGAAUCUGAACAUCCUCAUGAGCUUACAGAGGAAGAAAAGGCUGAACUUGAGAAGCAAGAAAUUGAUAAACAAAUUGAAGCUUUAGUUAGUGAGGAAAAAGCUGCUGACAGAAGAAAGAAAAGACGUGAGAAUAAAAUGAAAAGUAGAUUCGAAGAAGCUAAGAAAUUAGAAAUGGUUCAUGAGGGAGAUUCAAUGAUGCUUUCUGAUGAUAUUGACUUGUUUAGUUUGUCAAAAAUUCGAAAGAAAUUAGAUCUUCAAAAAAUUUCUGAUGUCAAUGUAUCUAUGCCAGAUGUUGAUAGUGAUAAAGAGGAUAACGACAGUGGUGUAAUAGCUUCUGGUGAUGAUGAUGAUGUUCAGUAUGCUUCAGGAGAUGAUGACGAAGAUCUUGAGAAUUAUUCUUGGGAAACAUUAGUUGGAAAAGAGCGUAGUAAGGAAUCUGUGAAGGAAGAGGAAGAAGAUGAUCUUUCUGAUAAUGAAUUAUUACAUACAGAAGAAAGUGGUCUUACAACAAAUGAAAGAAAAGCAGUUCGUUCUGCUUCCUGGUUUAAUAGAGAUGGUAUGACUGAACUUUUGGAGGUAGAAGAUGAUGAUGAUGAGGAUGAUGAUAUUGACGCUGUAGAAAAAGUAGCACCAUUAAAAACUCCUGUUGUUGAUUUUGAAAAAUCUUCAAGAGGAAAAAGAAAACUUAUGUUUGAGGAUAAAGAUGCAUGGAGUGACGAUGAAAAGGAUACAUUUGUCAAAGAGGAAGAAAUAUACAAUAGUGAGGAGGAAACUAAACUAUUUGGUGAAGAUGACAGAAUAGCCAAAAGAUUAACAGAUGAUAAUAAAGGACCAAAAUCUAAAAAGGUCAAACUUACUCCACAACAAUUAGCAUUGGGUGAAGAACUUAUCUAUUCAUCUAAAAAAAGAUCACAAUUAGAAGAUUGGUCAUGGAAUAGAUAUACUAAUAAUGACACUGAUCUUCCAGAUUGGUUUGUUAAUAAUGAAAAGAAACAUUGUGUUAAGCCAUUACCAGUAACCAAAGAACAAGUACAAUAUUAUAAAAACAAAGCUAAAGAGAUAAAUGUUCAUACUAUUAAGAAGGUUAAUGAAGCUAAAGCACGUAAGAAACGUAGAAUGGAAAGACGUAUGGAAAAAGCUAAAAAACAUGCUGAAAAUAUAUUAGGAAAUGAAACUUUAGAACAUGCUGAAAAAAUCAAAGAACUUCAGAAGACAUAUAAGAAGGCUAUGAAGAAGGAACGUCGUCGUGUUCAAUUAUGUGUUAUGACAAAAGGAAAACGUGGCAAAGUACAUAGACCUCGUGGUCCAUACAAAUGUGUUGAUGCUCGUUUGAAAAAGGAUAUGAGAGCAGAAAAAGUACGUAAGACACGUGAGAAAAAAAUGGGAAAAUCUAAGGUUAAGGUUAAAGUAAACAAGAAACAUUAA